ACGAGUCUCUCCGAGGGGAAAGCGAGGGAAGAGGCGCAGUGAAAACAGGGGGAGGAGGGGGGCUCUUGUGUUUCAUAUCAGAGGAGCAGCAGCAGGAGGAAAAAAAUCGUCCCGAAAGCAAAGAAGAAGGUGUCGGAUAGCACAAAAAAAGCAGAAGGAACAAACAGAAAGAGGCGCUACUCUUGUGUCGGAAAAUGGAGCUACCCGCCGCGGGAGAGCACGUCUUUGCGGUGGAGAGCAUCGAGAAGAAGCGCAGCAGAAAGGGGAGGUUUGAGUACCUGGUCAAGUGGCGAGGAUGGUCUCCAAAGCUGAUGCGUCCUCACAGCUCACUGUCUGCUCUCUGAACAGAUACAACACGUGGGAACCAGAGGAAAACAUCCUGGACCCAAGACUGCUUGAUGCUUUCCAAGACAGGGAACGCCAAGAGCAGCUGAUGGGAUAUCGCAAGAGAGGACCCAAACCGAAGCACCUGCUGGUUCAGGUUCCUUCUUUCGCCCGGAGAUCCAGUAUUCUGGCUGACCUCCAUGAGGCGUCCCUAGAUGAGGACAGCUGUCAGAAGACCAGCCCCAUCCAGAUGCUCCGUCCCCAGGGUCAGCAGUACCAGCUCAACAGCAAGAAGCACCACCAGUACCAGCCGCUGUGCAGGGAGCGCGAAGCCGAGCAGCAGACCAACGGCAAGAAGUACUACUAUCAGCUCAACAGCAAGAAGCACCACCAUUACCAGCCGGACCUCAAGGGCCACGAGCCCAUAUUUGCCAAGCCAAAAGCUCCAGAACUGGCUAACAAGGGGUACAACCUUCCCCCAGUGCUGCAACAAAAGUGGGUCCGGGACAAGGACUCAGGCUGCCUCACCAAAGUCAAGGACAUCACCAUGGAGCUGAAGAAGCUUCCAGCAGACCUAUAUGGCCACAAAGAGUCAGAGAAGGUCAAGCCUAAGGAGGAUGCUUUACCACAGUCUAACGGUGUCAGCAACAGCAAGCUAAAGAUUGUCAAGAACAAAAACAAAAAUGGACGGAUUGUUAUUGUCAUGAGCAAGUACAUGGAAAAUGGAAUGCAAGCGGCUAAGAUUAAAAACGGCGAUUCUGUCGAAAAGCAAGUGACUGACGACUGCACCGAGAACCACCUUGAGAAGAUGAAACUCGUCAAGAAGCUUGGCCUCAUGAAUGGAUUUGCAAAAAACCCCAAAGACAAAGUUCCCAGAUCUGGAUUUAACGGAGAUUGCCCCAAAGAAAAGGAACAGUCCCCCCAAACGGAGCCAACUGUGACGGAACAGGAUAAACAUGUCGAGGUCAGGGGUCAGGGGCAGCUUUCAGUGGAUCAGCCUUUACAAUUGACAACCAAGCCUAAUCUGCUCUCCCUGCCUUUGGAAAGGGGAGUUACCUCCCCACUGGACAAAAGAGGAAGCCAAGGUGGAUUUCAAGGACUAAAGCGACACCUCUCUGACACUGACAUUGAGGAGCAUGGGAGUACUAAGAGGUUUUUGAGCCCCAGGAGUAUCAGCGCACCUAACACGGUAUCUUCACCCAUCCAAAGCAUCAGCAUCGACCAAAACGGACAUCAGAGUCACAUUGGGCUGCAGGAUUGUGGCUAUGCAGACCAAGAGGAACCUAUUGACUUGAGCAUUGUCAAGUCUAGGCCUAAAGCUACCCAACCUGAAACACACACACAAGCUCAAAGUAUAAUACAGGUUGAAACACAAACAGAUGCACAGACAGAAAAACAUACUGAAACACAAACAACUCCAGAGGGGGAGAAGGACAAUUCAUUGUCUGUUUGUGACCACAAAAAGAGAAAAGAAGAGACAUUUCCGUCUUUCCAGCCUUUCCUCGGGAAUAUAGUAAUCACAGACAUUACUACAAACUGCCUCACUGUCACCUUUAAGGAAUAUAUAACAGCAUAACUGCACUGUAAAAUCGGACAAGUUGAUCUUACUUAAAAAAAAUAACUUGAGAUCUUAAUUUAUAUUUACUUUACUGUUUACUUAACCUGAAUGUAGCUGUAUUUAUGUAAUUUUGUGAAAUUGUUGCAACUUAAAAAUGUCAAAUGGAAUUACCAUGUUCUUUGUAAGUGUUAGCAACUUCAGUAAACCAAGUUAGUCUGAGAUAACUUGAUCAUCACCAAGAGAAUUUUGCAAAUGAUCAAGUUAGGAGAUUUGCAGGUGCUGCACUUUAACAUGUUUAAGAAAAUAUAAAUAUGACUGACUAGUUUGCAACCUGCAGAAUACACAGUGAACUUGAUUUACUGCAUUUGCUAAAACAUAGAAAGAUUGAUUUAAUUUAACUUGUUGUUUUUAAGUUGCUACAACUUCACAAAAUCAAGUAAAUAU